UUUCCGCCCCGGCUCGGUUGAGUUGCCUACAAAAAAUCCAGCGCGCAUCGCUCCCCGAUCAUCAAGAAAUAAAAAGAAAACCAAAAUCUCGCCGCGUCUAACUUUCCCUCUCUCUUCCCGUCCCUCUUUUUUUUCCCUCUCUCCCCCUUCAAAACCCUACCUCCCGGCCCCCUCUUCCCUUCUAUCUUCUCCUUUGCCAUGUCCGGGGUCGAGGGCUCCAGCCUCCCGCCGGCCGAGCUCCGGCUGCCGUCGCCCCACCACCGAGCGCCCCAGAUCCUCCGCCCCGCGGCCCACCGCCACUUCCCCUUCUCCCCCGCACCCAGGCCCUCCUCCCCCUCCCCCGGCCUCGAUCCCCACCUUCUUCCUGGCCGAUCGCUUGGACUCGCCGACAAGGACCCGAUCGCCGACGUGAAAAAACAAACAAAUGGAACAGAAAUAGACAAAGUUGAAAGUGGUGAAGGGGCUAUUGGACUAGGGCAGGAGGAAACUGGCUCUCAUAUACUUCCAACUGAGUCAGCAACAGGUGCUAAGCGUCCAAGAAGACCAAAGCCUUCAAAACAGAAAAAAACAAUGCAGCAGCAGAUGCUUCAAGCAGCUGAGGGUGAUCCCUGUGGAACCUAUGGUCGUUGCAGGAACCCUUCAAAUAUCUCAAACACUAGCAGCUGCCGCUAUGACAGUUCUUUAGGUUUGCUGACAAAGAAAUUCAUCAAUCUGCUUCAGCAAGCCGAUGAUGGGACUCUUGAUUUGAACAGAGCAGCAGAAAUUUUGGAUGUCCAAAAGAGGAGGAUCUAUGAUAUAACAAAUGUUCUUGAAGGAGUAGGGUUGAUUGAAAAAACAUUGAAGAAUAGGAUACGUUGGAAGGGAAUUGAUAUGUCAAGGCCCAAGGAGGUGGAUGAUCAAAUUACUGCUUUCAAGGCUGAAGUUGAAACUCUGUAUACAGAAGAUUGCAAGCUGAAUGGAAUGAUUAGGGAGAUGGAAGAAAAUCUCAGAAUUCUGACAGAAGAUGAGAACAAUCAAAAAUGGCUCUAUCUCACCAAUGAUGAUAUCAAUAACCUUCCUUGCUUUGAGGAUUCUACUCUCAUUGCAAUAAGAGCACCUCAUGGAACUAGUAUCGAAGUCCCAAAUCCUGAUGAGGGUCUUGAUUUUCCACAAAGACGAUACCAAAUACUUUUCAGAAGCUCAAUGGGUCCCAUUGAUACGUACUUGAUCAGCAAUCAUGGAGAGAUUUAUGAGGCUUCAAAUGAGAACCAGCAGUCAGCUGCAAUGGAUUUGUGUGCUGAGAGCAGCUGCAAGAAUGAGAUGUCUUUUCCCCCGGUAGACCAAAAUACAGGUGGAACGUCUGAGAGAGGACAAGACCAAGUCACUCAAAAUAACUCUUCUGCUUCAAUCACGUCACAAGAAUGCAUGGCUGGCAUUUUGAAGAUUGUCCCAUCAGAUAAUGAUAUGGACGCUGAUUACUGGUUUCUAACAGAUCUUGGAGCCAGUAUCACAGAUACAUGGAGAAGUGAAUGUAUCCUGGAAUUGAAGCCCAAUUACCCCUUCUCAUGUUCUUCCUAUAAAUGCACGGGCUUUCAAUAAUAGAUCACUUCUAUAUGCGCACAAGCACAUAGUCUGACAUCCACCAUGCGGGGUAAGGCAAUUUGUCCUAGUUGUGAGGUCGGAAAGCUUAAUUUUUCCACUUGAUAGCUGAAGCAACUAAAUACAUGCUUUUUUUGUAUCAAAAAAAAAAAAGAAAAAAAAAGAGAAGAAACUAACCGCAUGUUUUUCAUCUUUGUCAAGGGAAAUUGAUCCCUAGUGCCGCUUCAACUAGAUCCUUGUGUGGAAUGAAGUAACACAAACUGAUUAAUUUUCCUUAACUAUUGCCAUAUGCAGAAUAACGUUGGAGAAGGAAAUCUUCUAGAUCAGCAUUUCAUGGUAGAUGAAGCUAUGUUACAGCCCUGCAGCUCCAAGAUCAGUGACUGGAGGCUCGACUGCUUUCCUGUGCACGCCCGCCGGGGGAUGCCCCUGGGAUGUCUAGAUCAUAACAGGCUGCACAAUCUAAUGGAAAAGAGCCGAAGGGGUUUUUGUCUUUUUAACUCACCCCCUCAGGUUUGUGAAAUUGUAAAUGCUUAUGAUGGUCCUUCCUAUUAAUUCUACAAUGAUCAAAUAAAAGGCAUAUAAAUAUUUUAGCAGUUACAUCAUUGUGACGGUAGGUUCUCAAUUUAGUUUUAGCACUGGAAUUUGCCAUUAAGAGUAGUUGAGAGUUUAAAUAACGGAAAUGGAUCGCCUUUCUGAACUCUAGAUAAUCGGAUGCGGGUGAUGAGCUGCCAGCAAGAUUAUGCAUAUUUUAACCUUUUUCUCACCCGCACCCUGCUCGUGCCAUCCUGAUGUUCUUUUGGCUUAGUGUCAGGAUUCUCCAGAUUGAACUGGAACAUUCCAGGCCAACGCCGGCCGUCCAUGUAUGAUUGCAUGGACCCCAAUGGUUGCAUGGGCUCGCAGCAUUGUGCAGCUGCCCUGUGUACCACGGCCACGAGUUAUAUGCAAUCAUGGGCCGUCAGUACAACAUAGGACAUCUCCGGAUCAACGCUAAACUAGAGGGGGCAUCAAACUCAUCCUGAAUACCUACCGGUAGGUUACAUUGUUUUUCCUCUUCUGCAGUGGGUCACUGUGGUCUUUUUAAAGUGUUUUUUCAUUCACAUUCCUACUAGGGUAAAAUCUCAAUACAUCAUGCACAAUGAUGGAAAGGUCCAACACCAAUCUUUCGCCUAUGGCUCUCUAUCUCCCACUUUGAGAUAAAAUAGGAUACUCCUUUGAGACAACAUUGGACCACUUCACAGGCCCAGCUAGGCUAGGUCUGCUCCGUUGUGUCCUUCCACCUUAAACGUUAUGGUGUUAAUUUACCCGGAAAAAUGGAAAAAACAUGAUCUGUAUUUUCUUAAGCCAGAGCGAACUACACACGGGAGUUGAAUUUUAUUAUACUUCACCAUCAAACAAAACCAGGAGAGGAAACAAGCAGAAAAUAAAGCGUCAGCUAUUAGCAUGACCUAAAACAGUUGCCAUGGGAACAAAGGUUUCGAUGUAUUUACCAAUCGCUAGUUAACGAUCACCGCUCGGUUCACUUAUGGAAGCUGGGGAUCGAUGCGAAACACGGGCCGGCCGUGUCGAAUCGAGCGCCACCUGUACCAUAGCCAAUAACGGGCUUCCACGUUCGUCAGUGAACUGACCGGUCAUCGGUAGGAGGUGAUUUAUGGCUUCUUCCAUAUUAACCCAGAUUACUUCGUAGGUUCCACUUCCACCCGACAAAUAAUUGAACCUUCAGAAUCAGGUAUCUUCAUAUUUUCAAUGCGUGGCUGCAAAGCGAGAUUAGUUGAAAAUGGAAGAAGACCAAAGUCCACGCCAUAAAAACGAUGCCAAGCCGCGGUAGAGAAAUAGAAAUGGAAGCAAGCUGCUCCAAAACACAUCGAGAUGGCAUCCUUCAGCCAGUACAUCGCCGUGCAUCCGACUGCAAUAUCUGCACCACCGUCAAAGCUAGCAUAGCCUAGCCGUCCAAAAGGCAAUACACGAUAAAGGUCCCACCCUGUUUGCCAUUACUAAACAUCUAAGUAUCCAAUACCAACCACAA